CAUUACUGAAUUGUCCCUUAAACCAUCUCCACCCUCCCCUGCGAUAAUAACUGGACCGCCCUUUUAAUCACAUGACCAUUACAUGUACAAAGAUGGCGUCAUACAUGUUGGUGAGUUUUGUCGUCUGCGGCUUGUUCGCUCCUUCUGCCCUGACGUCUCCUACUCCGCUUGUCAUAUGGCACGGGAUGGGUGACAGCUGCUGUAACCCACUCAGUAUGGGCAGUAUCAAGUCCAUGGUGGAGGAACAGGUCAAGGGCAUAUACGUCAGGUCACUGGAGAUCGGCAGUAAUAUCAUAGAGGACACAGAGAAUGGCUUCCUGAUGAAUGUGAACAAGCAGGUGACCAUGGUGUGUGACAAGCUGGCCAAGGACACCAAACUGGCCAAUGGCUACAAUGCUAUUGGCUUUUCACAGGGGGGACAAUUUCUGCGUGCUGUAGCCCAAAGAUGCCCCAACCCACCCAUGUUGAACUUGAUCUCAGUAGGCGGGCAGCAUCAAGGUGUGUAUGGUUUCCCCCAUUGCCCUGGAGACAACUCCACCCUCUGUGACUACGUGAGGAAACUGCUGAACCUCGGAGCCUACAACAGCUACGUGCAGAGCUUUUUGGUACAAGCUGAAUACUGGCAUGACCCACUUAAUGAGGAAGAGUACAAAAAAGCUAGUAUUUUCCUGGCUGACAUCAACCAAGAAAAUGUGGUGAACCAGACCUACAAGACUAACCUGAUGAAGCUGAAGAAGUUUGUGAUGGUCAUGUUCACAGAAGACACCAUGGUCGAGCCAAGGGAGAGCGAGUGGUUUGGAUUUUACAAGCCAGGCUCGGGGACUGAACUGCAGGACCUUCGCAACACAACAUUGUAUACAGAGGAUCGCCUUGGUCUGAAGGAAAUGGACAGUCAGGGGAAGCUGGUCUUCCUUACCUCCGACACUGACCAUCUCCAGUUCAGCAAGGAAUGGUUCACUAAGAACCUGAUACCCUACAUCAAGGAAUGACCGGCAGCUCAACACUCAAGCACUCAGAAAUACAACUCACAAUAAUGGAAGAGAUAAUUACAAUUAGAAUAUCUUCGAUACUUUUGUAAAACAUGAUAUCACAGAGCUGUGGAGCACAACAGAUUUUUCUAGUUUAAAAAAGAUCCAAGUGGAUUCUAGUCAAGAUGAUUUGAUUGGCAUUAAAUGAUAAUAGAAUAAUAGUAUAAUAAUUAUGAAGUCAAUCUUGAACCUUGAACGUGGACAUCAGGGAAUGUCAUCAUGGGUCUCAAUGCAUUCUAUAAGUCUAACGCACUGAAAAUCCUCCAAAAUGUGCAAUAAGGUGUGUGUGUGUGUAAAAGUACAAUGUAGCUACCAACACACAGGUGAACAGAUUAUAUGAUGUGUUCAAAGAUGUGUGUGUUUUGAAUAGAAUUUUAUACUUUUCCACUGGGAAAUAUGAAGAAGCCUCAUUGCUCAUGUUAUGUAUUAUGUACUGU